CAGCAGAGAGCGGACACUGAGAGCUCGAUAUGCUUCGGUUAAUGGAGGGAGAAGACGGCGUUGUGAACGGCCGUAAGGGCAAAAUCGGCAGGGAGCAACACGGGCCCACCUACCAGGUACGCCAGAAGCUGUCGUGACCUCUCCUGGCGAGUGACAGCGCUUGAGCGACCCAUUUUUACGACCUGAGCUAGCGCAGGCGUAUUUUGCAGAGCGGCAGUUUAGAACGACCUAUUUUGAUAAAUUCCUCCCGUCCAUCAGGUGCUGCUGCGAUGCAAUGAACAGCGUGAUGCAAUGGGGUGGGUCGAAAUGAGUUCUAUGGGCUGGGUGGAAAUGGGUUUCGAUAGCUAGCGGGCCGGGGCGGGUUGGGUUCACUGCGAUGCGGGUUGGGGCGGGUCGGAGUGGGUAGGGCCGUAGGGCACGUCGGGUCGAUCUGCCGUCCGCUCCCGGCUCCCGCAGAAAUAGAGCGGCAACGCCGCCGGCCCGCGGCCCGCCGCCGCCGUUCCCGCGUGACCUUCUCCAGCGAGGCGGCGACGUCCGUUGAUCCAGGUGCGCCUCCUCUUGCUCUCCUCCCCUAUCUAUUCUCCGCAUCAUCCCCUGCCCUGCUGAAGUAGCGCCCAGCUCGUAUUUCACCGCCGCCGCCGCCGCCACCCUGGCCGCCGGGAGUCGCUACCACCGGAACCCGUGCUGGAUUCGCGCUGGUACCCCCCCACCUUCUUCUUGGCGCCACAUAGCUUGUACUACAUUCUGUAAUUAACUGAGGAUUUUUGGGUGCUCGAUCUGUUUUACAAUUGUAGCCCUAUUCUCUCUCCAUUAUUAUGAAGAUUGGCCCCCAGUGCUGCUAGUCUCACUUAGUCUUCUACAAUUUUGCACGUACAUAUACAUAUGAUCCAUUUUUAUAUAAGUGUAAGCAGUAAGUUACAAGUUCAAAAAUUAGCCAAGUUUAGUGACAGAUAGUUCACUCUGAACUCUGAAGGACAACUCAAGGAAAUUAAAUUGUAGUUUUCUUUCAGUUCAAAGGAUCCUCAUAUCUGCCCUGAUUCGACACCAGGUUCUGCGACUUCCCUUGACUGGUGUGGUGGGCUGGUGGCGCGCUUGCGUUCCUCUCUUCACAGGCCCCUCGGUGCGCAGUGGUGGAUUUGUCCUUCUGAUUUGCAGCUCUGACGACAGUGGGACCACUGACCGAGAAGGCAGCAAUUCGUUGGGAGCAGACAUGGAUCACUCUGAUGAGCAUGACAGUGAUGACAUGAAAGUAGGGGCAGCUUCUGAUGGCCCCUCCAGACUCAGAAAAAAGAGGUCCAAGGUUUGGGACGAAUACGAGCCCAUCAUUGUAGAUGGAGCAAUUCAGAGCGCGGAAUGCCGCUACUGCCAUAUGCACAUGAGUUGCAGAGGUGCUGAUGGUCAGUCCAAUGGGACAAGCCAUUUGUGGCGACACCAGAAAAUUUGCCGAGCAAAAGAUGAGUUUUGUCCAAGCCAACUGCAACAGGAUGCAGACUUUUCAUCUGUGAUUAAUGAAGUAGAGCCGCUGGAACAAAUUCUUCCAGAUUCACUUGAUGAGAUAAAGUUGGUGACUCAUAGUGAGAAUAGCAAAUUCAGGUCAAAGGUCUGGAAGGAUUUUAUACCAUUCUAUGUUCAAGGGAGAGUCCAGGGUGCUGACUGUGUUCAUUGCCACAAGCGACUCACUGCAGAUAAAGGUAGAAGCCAUUUGAACCGGCAUACUCAGACUUGUCCUGCACGAAGUGGAAAUAUCCUAAAUCAUCAGAAAGGUGUGUCGUUCCAGUCCAAUCUACCGAGUUCUAAAUCUAGCCUUCAAGAUGAGCUUUCACCUGCCUUGACAAAUGGCAAAAUUCAGAUUGCAGAAUAUGCUAGUAAGUUCCUCAAAGGCAGCUCUAGCGAUGCAAGCCUUGUGGAACGUCAUGUUCUAGCUUUACCAGCAAUGUAUGAUAUGAAUCCCUCAGAGAAAAGCACCCCAUCAGCUCAGACUGCUGCUGAUAGAACCAGGAAAACUGACCAGGAAGCAUCUUAUCUAGAAUUAACUAGAAUGGUUAUUUCACAUGGCUAUCCCUUGUCAAUUGUCGAGCAUGAAGAAAUGAGAAGAUUUGCAAAGAGCCUAAACCCCACAUUCAACAUGGCUUCAAGCAUUGAUAUAGAAGAGUAUUCAACUCUUUUGUUUCAGAAAGAAAAGGCUGACCUUAAGGAAAGAAUUGCACUUCUGUCCCGUCGGGUUUCCUUGUCAGCAAGUGUUUGGGCUCCUGAUGGAGCUGAGGCCUCGGUGAAGUAUCUCUGUUUGGCAGUGCAUUUUAUUGAUUCUGAUUGGAAACUUCAAAGGAAAACCAUCAAAUUUGGCGUGUUUUGGUCCUUGCCUACUAGUUUGGAAAGGAUGAUACAGUUUAAGGAGGCCUGUGUGCUAGAUUCUGAUAUUGGACCAUUUAAUGUCAUACAGGAAGCUUUAAGGGAUUGGAAUCUUGAUCAGAAGCAUUUCAGCUUGACAUCUGGCAGUGAAAUUAGAAACGACGAGGGAACCUCAAAGCUGAUGGACUUGCUCAUCCAAAGGAAAUGCCUUCCUAUAAGAGGUGAGCUAUACAAUAUCGAUUGUGUGAAUGAUGUACUUAACAACAUUGUCUCGAAAGGGCAACAAGUGCUUUGUCAUGUUGGUAACAUACUAGAGACAUUUAUUCGGGCACAUAUGUCCUCAUCUCUGACUCGACAGCAACUUCUAGAAGCUGUUGCACAUAUGGGAUUGAAGUGCCCACACGAAGAUGCAAAAUGGUGGCACAUAAUAUACUUUAGGCUUGAAGUUCUUCUGCAUUUCAAGAAGGCAUUUCCAUCUGAAGAAUUGUUAUCUGCAGGAGACAACAAAGCUGUUGAGUCUGUUUGCAGGAUACUCAGGGCUUUUUAUCAUGCUGUCGAAGUGAUUUGUAGCCCUAUCUGCCCCACAUCAAAUGUGUACUUCAAUGAACUGUGGAAAGUUAGAACAGUUUUGCAAGAAGAAGCAUCAACUGAUCUCAUUGAACUUGCUAACAUGGUUUGGGAGAUGCAGGAAGCAUUCAAUGAGUAUUGGCAAAAUUCAUACUUGUGGCUUUCGAUACCUGUUGUUCUUGAUCCCAGAUUCAAAAUUACUUUUAUCGAGUUCCGUUUAAAGCGAGCUUUUGGUACCAAUGCGGAAAAGUAUGUAUCUGCCAUUCGUGAUACAAUAAGGGAGCUGUUCCAUGAGUAUUGUGGUCUUUCAAAUAACUUGGGUGGUGAUACAUCAACUCGUGAAGUUGAGUUGGAUGAAUUUGACAGUGACUCAUUGGAAGAUUGGGACGAACAUCUUAAUGCACAGACAAGGAACCAACAAUUGAGAGAACUUGACAACUACCUUGAAGAUGGUAUUGUCCCAAGGAAGGAUGAUUUUGAUAUUUUGAACUGGUGGAUGAGUAAUUCUACAAAGUAUCCAACCCUUUCAAUUAUGGCACGUGAUGUCCUGGCAGUGCCAGCUUCUGCUGUUAAUUUUGAGGCCGCAUUAAGCGGUAAGGUAAAUGUGAUACAUAAGCAAUGGAGCACAUUAAAUAUCAAAACAAUUGAGGCUCUUGUAUGUACCCGAGAUUGGGUUAAAUAGAAUGGUAAGCUCUUCUAACCCCGGGAAUACAGGAUGAUACCGCAAGAGUACACCGUGUGCUGUAUAUCAGACAUCUCGCAGGCACAGAGCCAUUGGUAAUGGAAUGGAAGCUACGAAACGUGGGCUUCCGGGUGUUGUUCGUUCACAUGUAUUGUGCAUUGUUGUCUAGUGAUUUUCUUAUGGUAUUAGGGCAGAUUAAUUGUACAGUGACAAUGGCGUCCGUGCUGCUCUUUAGCCUGAUUGAGAGAGUUCUUGUAUGACGGCAAUAGAAAGCAAUUUGAGUAGUCUA